AUGUUUCAUCGUCACCUCACAGAUGCAUGGGACCCACGCUUUUUCUCUUGGUUCAGAAGCGGUGGUAGUUGUGCUGGGGGUUGGGGUUAUGUUGUGCUGGGGUGCGUUGCUCUUGCUGUGUGUUGGCGAAUGUGGUUGAAUGGAUUGCCCUGCUCUGAUGCAGACACCUUCAAGCGCACAGGCUUCACAGGCGGCAUCAACUGGUACCGCAAUCUGGACCGCAACUGGGAGGCCAUGCCAGCAGAGCCACCCCUGCUGAAGCAGCCCGCCUUGUACAUUGGCGCAGAGGACGAUGUCGUGCUUCCCCCCACGAUGGCGGAUGGGCUGGAAGAGAUGGUGCCGAACCUGGAGAAGCACGUGAUCAAGGGGUGUGGCCAUUUCACUCAGCAGGAGAAGCCAGAGGAGCUGAACGCUCUGCUGGUGGAUUGGAUGAUACGCAGGUUUGGUUCGGAGACCAAAGCCUGA